UGCAAAUUAACAAGCUUUGGUAUGGCCAGAAAAGUUCAAGAGGAAGACAUUUACGAAAAAAAAACGAGGGGGCGCCUUCCUGUGAAAUGGACUGCAAUUGAGGCGUUGCUCUAUGGAAAAUAUUCUACAAAGAGUGAUGUAUGGAGCUACGGAGUUCUCCUCUAUGAGAUUUUCACGAUUGGUGGUUCACCGUAUCCGCGGAUAGAUGCAAGAGAAAUUGUAAACUUACUUCAAGAGGGAUACAGAAUGGCUAAACCACAACAUGUGGAUGAUAAGUUGUAUGAUUAUAUAGUCUUGUUGUUGUUGUUGUUGUUGUAAUUGUCUUUUUUUUAUCUCUGCAUGAUUUGCAUGAUUUAUUUCCUCGCACAGUAGUAUUUCUCGUGCUUUUGAUAGAUUUUGCUCGAGUUGCAUGUAAGCCUUAAGAUUACACCAAUUUUACCUGUUGAACCAACCCACUCAAUGUUGAACCAACCCACUCAAUGUUGGACCAACCCACUCAAUGUUGAACCAACCCAGUCAAUGUUGAACCAACCCAGCCAAUGUUGAACCAACCCACUCAAUGUUGAAUGAACCCACUCAAUGUUGAACGAACCCACUCAAUGGAAAUGAAAAAAGGACUACUUUAUCUCGCGUUUAAUGAUCUCUGUGGUUCGGUACUUUUCAUCUUUCAUUUCAAAACGAUGAAAUUUUAAAACUGAAAAAUUUUUUUGUCAUCAUCUACAUUUUCCUUAAAUUGUCGUUAGAUAGAGAAACAAACAAUUUCUUCGACAGCAACUCUCUAGCGUAGGCCACCUAUGACAGGUUAAAGUCGUUUUUUCUUUUACUUGAAUAAAUUUAAGUCAAGUAUUUUACGUAACGUUUCCGAAAAUAAAAUUAAAAUCUACAAAAGCUUCCUAGUUCUUUCGAAAAAAAUUAUUUUCAAAUAAAAGUUGAUAAAUCAGGAAGAUGCCAUAAUCUCGUACUGGGUGAAUCCACUGGGAGAAUUUUCGCAGCAAGUUCUCCUUUUCACGUUCUUUGCACAUUUUAUUCAAAUUACUCACUAAACAAAAUUCGCGCGUGAAAGCCCUUUGCUUUUGGAAAAAUCUUUGCUCAUGGAGAAAUAAAAAGUCCUUGGGUAAAAAGAAAAACAGACUCAAAGAAGAAAACAAGGGUACGUACCAUUCUGUCAAGAAAAGAAAAAAUCCUUGGUGAAAGCCACUGGUACUCUCCACUCCACGCUGGCGUCCAGAUCUCCAACAAAGAGGUCGCCUUUAGACCAAAAUUUGUCAAAGAUAAAGAUUAAAACGAGUUUCUUUUUAUUCAUGCAAGUACCAGCCUUGAUACAAAAACAUUUACAAUCACCUAGAAUCGUCAUUUUUAAAAGCUGUCUGUCGAUUUGUUGUCUCGCUUCUCAACACAUUAUCCGAUUUUUCCAUUUUAGCCGUCGGAGGGUUUUCCUCUGCCUUUGGCAAC